AAAAAAAAAAAAAAAUACGAAACAGAGAAGAAGAAGAAGCGAGAAAAGAGAGAUGUCGAAGCCGAACAGAGAAGAUUAGGGCUUUGGUUGGAUUUUCAAAUACCGAAAUAAAUUAGUAUCUUAGUUUUCUUCGUCUUCUGUACUUGUGUUUCUCUCUUGUGCUUUUUGAUAAUUCAAAGGGUAUAAAUAGGCAUGUCUUCUGAUACGGCUAAGGAAAAUGCAUCUGUUGUCGAUUCAUCUUUGACUGAUUGGAAACAAGAUUUAGGAAACUCUGAUGAUCCAGAGAAUUCAAGUCACAGAAGGAAAGAAGACCAUAACCUGUCCAAGGUGGAUGUUGAACGGCGCAACUUUCCUGAUCAACUUAAAAGCUCAAACCCGAAUAAAGAUAGUAAACCAGGGUACCAGACGAGAUAUUUCAUUAUCAAAAGUCUGAAUUAUGAAAAUAUUCAAGUUUCAGUCGAGAAAGGGAUUUGGGCCACUCAAGUAAUGAAUGAGCCAAUAUUGGAAGGUGCUUUUCAUAAAUCUGGUCGAGUGAUUUUAAUCUUCAGCGUGAACAUGAGCGGAUUCUUCCAAGGGUAUGCAGAGAUGUUGUCUCCUGUGGGAUGGAGGCGAGAUCAUAUAUGGAGUCAGGGAGGUGGUAAAAACAAUCCGUGGGGACGUAGUUUUAAAGUGAAAUGGUUGCGGUUGAGUGAAUUGCCUUUUCAGAAAACACUUCAUCUCAAGAAUCCUAUGAAUGACUACAAGCCUGUCAAGAUUAGUCGAGAUUGUCAGGAAUUACCGGAAGAUAUCGGUGAAGCACUUUGUGAACUCCUUGAUGCAAAUAGCUGCGAUGACGGGUUGCUCAAUAGCUCUUCAAGGGAUGAUUAUUCAACAAAAAGGUCCCGCGCAGAACCUCCGUCUUCCUCUGGAGAUGAAGAGUAUAAUAACAAUCUUUGGGGCCAUACAGCGAUGCCUUACCCUCCUGCGGUCUACCCAAACCAGGAUGACCUCAGCAGAUUUCAUCUUGCACAACAGAGAGGAUAUGGAGUACACUCGGAAUAUCUCCAUACAUCAUCAGGUGCAUCUAACUCUCACACGGAGCAAGAAAAAUCUUUACGAUUUAACUGGUGGGGUUUGCCUUUGGAAAGCCCUCUUGCGAGUUCCCUAACCGAUGAUGAUUUUCUUAACAUGUCUUAUGAAGAAUACCUUGAAACCCACAGCAGAUGCAUGAGACAACUUGAUCAUCCUGUCAGUGAUGCCACAAUCACGGGCCACACAAGAGCCAUCAAGUAAAACAGAUGAUGUAAGCAAUGGUUCAUCAAAAGACAGGUCAUCAUCAAGAAAGAGAGGACGAGAUUCAUCCUAGAGUUCAACUUCAAACUCCAAACUCUACUACGAAAGACCACCAUUAGUAGGAUAGUAUGGUGAUGUGGUGAUGUGGAGAAGUUGUUGUGAUGUUGUAAUUCAUGUUCAUUUGGUCUGGUUGUUUAUAGAAACCAGAAGAUUCUAACUAAAAGUUUUUUCAUUUGAUCGCCAAAACUUGUACAGUUUCAAACUUGGCAAAACGUAAAUUUUGGAAACCUAAACGGCUAAACCCAAAAUUGGGGUUUGUAAGUUCUUUUAGUUAUAAAGAUGAGUUUCCAGUCA